AUGUGUGGUAUCAUUGCUCUGAUCCAGGCGAACCCGUCGUCUUCCGCCGCCGUUGACCUCCACGAGGCGCUAUACCUGCUCCAACAUAGAGGCCAGGAUGCUGCUGGAAUCGCCACCUGUGCUUCAGGUGGUCGUAUCUACCAGCUAAAGUCGAACGGUAUGGCGGCCAAGGUUUUCCACGACGGUUCUAGGGUGGCGGACCUUCCGGGAUUCAUGGGCAUUGGUCACUUGAGAUAUCCCACCGCCGGAAGCAGUGCGAAUGCCGAGGCGCAGCCUUUCUAUGUCAACAGUCCGUAUGGAAUUUGUCUGGCCCACAACGGCAACCUGAUCAAUGCUCCGGAGCUCAAGAGAUAUCUGGACUUUGAGGCUCACCGUCAUAUCAACACUGAUAGUGACAGCGAGCUCAUGCUCAACGUCUUCGCUGAUGAGUUGAGCGAAACCAAGAAGGCACGGGUCAACAAGGAUGACGUCUUUGCCAGUCUCAGCCGGAUGUAUGAGAGAUGUCAGGGCGGCUGGGCAUGCACUGCUAUGCUAGCUGGCUUUGGUCUCGUCGGUUUCCGUGACUCCUAUGGCAUCCGUCCCUUGGUUCUUGGUUCCAGGCCUUCCGCCGAAGGCCAAGGCACGGACUACAUGAUGGCCUCCGAAUCUGUUGCUCUGCACCAGCUUGGCUUCACUAACAUCCGUGACAUCCAACCUGGUGAAGCGGUCAUCAUUGAAAAGGGCGGCGAGCCUGUGUUCCGCCAGGUCGCCCCGAAGAUGGCCUAUGCUCCUGAUAUUUUCGAGUAUGUCUACUUCGCGCGUCCCGAUUCCGUUAUCGAUGGCAUCAGCGUGUACCGUAGCCGUCAACGGAUGGGUGAUCGCCUUGCCGCCAGGAUUCUUGAUGUUCUUGGACCGGAAGUGGUCAAGGACAUUGAUGUCGUCAUCCCUAUCCCGGAGACUUCCACGACGUCCGCCGCGGCCGUCGCUCGGUAUCUCGACAUUCCCUACUGCCAAGGCUUUGUAAAGAAUCGCUACGUUUUCCGUACAUUCAUCAUGCCUGAGCAGAAGACCCGACAGAAGGGUGUUCGCCGCAAGCUGAAUGCUAUGCAAGCAGAAUUCAAGGACCGAAAUGUCCUUCUGGUUGACGACAGCAUCGUGCGAGGAACUACCAGUCGGGAAAUUGUCACCAUGGCAAGAGAAGCUGGUGCUAAGAAGGUUUACUUUGCCAGCUGCGCACCGGAAAUCACACAUGCUCAUAUCUAUGGUAUUGAUCUUGCGUCGCCCAACGAGUUGGUUGCGCAUAACCGUGACGCUGAGCAGAUCGCCAAGCACAUUGGUGCCGACAGUGUCAUCUUCCAGACCUUGUCUGACCUGAAAGGUGCCUGUGCGGAGAUUGCCCAGGAAAAUGGGUUGGCUGAACCGCAGAACUUUGAGGUCGGCGUGUUCUGUGGUAACUACGUCACUCCUGUUUCUGAGGGAUACUUUGAUCACCUGGAAAAAAUCAGAGGUGAAGGCCGCAAGAUUAAGGCUUUGGAUCGGGCUAAGGAAGCCGUCACUCAUGGCUUUGCUAGUGAGAAGGAUUUCCAGAUCGCUGCCAACGGCGUCAAAUUGGAUGCCAGCGGCAACAUCAUCCCAGCGUCGACCCCGGGAGAGUCUGAGGUGCCACAGGUCAGCCUCUGUAGCACUCGCGAACCCGCGAGCGAAGAGCAUCCUAAGAUUGGGCCUGCUUCCAAACGGCGCAAGACAAAACUUUCGGCUUCAGAGAUUAACGCUGCGAAUGAGCUACCUCAUAACCUAGGCUCGUCCGUUAAACCAACGUAUAAGACCAAGGCCGUAUCCCCGGGAGUCAAGAAGGAGACGAUAGGCACUCUUGCGGAUGAACUGGGAAGUACCGCUGAGAAAGCCAGUGCAGUACCAAGGUCAGCGUCAACAGGUAAAAGCAAGAAAGCCAAUCCAUAUCGUUUAACACCAGGAAUUACUCCAUUCCCAGAUUGGCCCCAUCCAACCCCCGAUGCCUGCGAAGAGGUUAAUAGGCUACUCUCUAGUGUACAUGGAGAGAUUGUUCCUCCCGCUACCAUUCCAGAGCCGUCUCUCACUGUAACGGGCUGUGGAGAGGUUCCCUCUGUUCUUGAUGCGCUUAUUCGCACUUUGCUUAGUGGUGCCACAUCAGGAAACAAUUCUGCGUUGGCUUUCAAUGGGCUGGUGCAGAAGUUCGGCAUCCUCCACGAAGGGAUUGGCAAAGGGAGUGUUAACUGGGAUGCCGUUCGUCAAGCGCCACUUAAAGAUGUAUUUGAAGCUAUCAAGAGGGGUGGUUUGGCUGAUAUCAAGAGCAAGAACCUCAAGGCCAUUUUAGAUAUGGUACACAAGGAAAACCAGGAGCGUCGGGAAAUUUUGGUGAAAGGCGAGGAUGCUGGACCAUCGGAUCUCAUGCAGAAGUCUGAAGGCAGCAAACAGUACGAGAUUGCAUGUGCAGAUCAACACUUCCUGUCGCUUAACCACCUCCACGCCCUGAACACAGAACAGGUUAUGGAGGAACUAGUCAAGUACCCCGGGAUUGGACCCAAAACAGCUGCCUGUGUCCUACUCUUCUGCCUACAGCGUCCAUGCUUUGCAGUUGACACCCACAUCUUCCGCAUCUGCAAAUGGCUUGGCUGGGUACCGUCGGACAAGGCGACAGAGAUCACAGCGUUCGGCCAUCUCGAGGUGCGGAUCCCGAAUCACCUCAAAUACUCUCUUCAUCAGCUCUUCAUCCGUCAUGGAAAAACUUGUCCAAGAUGCCGAGCAAUAACUGGGCAGUCUUCCGCUGGAUGGGACGAAGGCUGCGUCAUUGAUCACCUUGUGAAAAGGACUGGGAAGAGAAAGGGGGAACUCGCGACCUCGCCGCCCGUCAAGCGUAAGAGCAAUGGACGGCAGACUCGCAAUGCGAAGGCGUGA